AUGAUUGGCAAUUUCACUAACCCUUGGGGACAAGUGAAUGAGAAUACAUGGCAAAAAAAUGGCCAUCUGGCCAUCUUGGUGACCAACUGUACUGUGUUGCUUGUCACGUUUUUUGUGGGAAUCACGGCCAACCUUUUUGUCACAUAUGCAGUGUACUGUCAGAAAUCCCUCCAGACCUCCACCAAUGCACUCUUGGUUAAUCUUGCAGUCAUUGACUUGCUGCGAUGUGCUAUUGACUGUCCGUUGCUUCUGGUUGUUGUCUUGAACAAAACCAACACCAGAGACCUCGGGGACCUUCUCUGUGAUAGCCAGGUGAUGUCAUUUUCUCUCAGCUGCUGUGUCCAGUUGUUCACUUUGGCAAGCAUUAGUGCUGAACGACACCAAGCCAUAGCUAAUCCAUUUAAAACUGCUGAGCGGCGAAAACGUGUUAAGGUCUGGAUCCCACUCACUUGGGCAGUGGCCAUUGUGGUAUCAGCUCUGUGUGUCACAUUUACAAAAGACUCCUCUGUCUAUGUUCAAUGUAGAGCUUUGCAUUGGGAUGCGUUAAAGACAUAUGGCUCAUUUGGACGUUACGUCUUGUUGCCUGUCUGGUCCAUAUGCUUAACUCUUAUCAUUGGCUUCUAUUCCCACAUAUUCAUCCUGGUCAAAGCACACAACCGAAAAAUUUUUGACAAGGGCACUUCUGUCCCACCUAACAAAAAUGUCCCUGAAGACAAGAAAAAAUCACAGGAAGCUGUGGAAGCUGAGGUUGCCAUUGUGGCUGAACCAGUGGCACUGAAAGAAAUUAAUGAUACUCAUUUAAUGCAAGAAGCAAAUGGGCCAGCACAGGGUACAAAGUCAUGUAACGGAGAUCCUGAGGAUCAAAAGACUUUGCCAACUGUUGCUAAUAGUCAGCCUCUUUCUAGUGACACCAAAACCCUGGAUACCAAGACAGAAGAGACACUUGAACAUCCCAACCAACAAAGUGUGAUACUUGUUUCUGAACUGCACCACAGCUCAACUGAACCGAUAGACCUGGAGACUGAUGGUGAGAAUCCAGGUAAUCCUCCUAAAGAUGCUCAGAAACCAAACUCUGAGCAGCUUCCUCCAGCGGAAACCAACCAGCAAAUUGUGACACUUGUUUCAGAAGUGCACAACCACGCAACAGAAUUGACAGAGCUAAAGAAUUGUGAGGACAACCAAGGUGAUCCUCCAAAAGAUGAUGAGAAACCAAACUCUGAGCAGCUUCCUCCAGUGGAAACCAACCAACAAAUUGUGAAACUUGUUUCAGAAGUGUACAACCACGCAACAGAACUGACAGCACUAAAGAAUUGUGAGGACAGCCAAGGUGAUCCUCCAAAAGAUGAUGAGAAACCAAACUCUGAGCAGCUUCCUCCAACAGAAACCAACCAGCAAAUUGUGACAGUUGUUUCAGAAGUGCACAACCAUGCAACAAAACUGACAGAGCUAAAGAAUAGUGAGGACCACCAAGCUGAUCCUCCAAAAGAUGAUGAGAAACCAAACUCAGAGCAGGUUCCUCCAGCAGCAGAUGGUGCUCAGACUGCUCCAGCAGGCCAAAACUUGCAGGUGAUGGGAGAAGUGUGCAUGAUGCCAUCCUUCGCCAAGAAGGACAGAGCCAAUAAGAAGAAAGAGAGCAAGCUGGCCAAGCGCUCUGGUUACAUCAUUCUUACUUUCCUAGUCUUUUGGAUGCCGCUGAUUGGGACAGUGCUCCUGAGCACCUUUCUGAACAGAAACCAGAUUUGGGACCUCUUCCAGGAGUUUGAAGUCCUUGUGGUCUCCAUUGCCUGCAUGACAUCCCUCACCAACCCGAUCAUUUAUGCAGUGGUGAACCCUCAGUUCCGCACUGAAUUCUACAACCUAAAGGCGAGAUGUAAAGCACUGUGCACAAAAUCACAAGACAAUUAA